AAGAAGUGGAACAACUUCAGUCCGUGCUUAGCCGGUCUGUAGAACGUUUGUACAGUUAGUUCACGAAGUGUGCCAGCAGGUACUAAAAUUACGUGUGUAGAAGACGUUUAUAUCUCAGUAAUUAAGCUAUUUGUUGAAUCUGUGCUUUUGCUUUCGAAAACAAUAAGCGUUGAAAAAACGUGAUCGUGAUUUCUAAUUUUAUUAAUCCGGAGUAAAAUUUAAAUGCACGAAAUCGUCUAAAAGCAUGAAGCAGUUUAUUAGAGCUCCUCCACAUUUGCCACCAAAAACGCGCAUUUCCCCACCUGAUGCAACAACGGUACUCAACAGCACCGCUGCAGAAGUCUUCAGCUACAAAUUCCAGGAAGUCGAAGAAAGCCAUUCGAAUAUUUCAAGUUCGAGUGUCGGUAACGGGAAUCAUGUUGUUAAAAUUCAUAUCAACCCCCAGGAAAAUAUAUCGUUAAUUCGCGAGCAACCCGAAAGUGUCUUGUGUACUUUAUCCCCUUGUGUACGGAUCAGUGUUAAUACCGAUACCGAUAUGAUUCAGAGCAAUUCGCUGCCGGAGAGUUUUAUAAAAACACCCGGGGACCGUAACAACCCUUACUUCUUUUGUGGCUCCUUUAUGUCGAGUGGUCAGGUAUCGCCAAGCGACACCCUCGAUUCGGGCACAUGUAGCGACUUGGACGGCACGCCACCCCCUUUACCCAAAAAGAAGAACUCGGGGGUUACCGUAACGGUAAUCGGGGCGCAACACAAACGCCCUUCAAGUCUGACAAGCAGCGGUGCUGACGUCGAUAGCGACGAUAACGAAAGUAAUAUUAGCUGCGAUUCACUAAAUAGCGGAGAAUUACCGGCGGAAAUAGUUUCAUCUCGUCCAACUUCUUUGGAACUAGAAUCGCCCACUCGCGUCAAAAAGGCCAACGCAUUCUUACCUCAAGGACUUCUGCAGGACAUACGCGAUAGAUCCGUGAAGCUGUCACAAAUUGCCGUUGAUGAUUUGGACCGACAAAUGACUCAAACCUGUUUAGAAACUUGCUCCGUUUACGAAACUCCAGCAUCCCCUAAAGCUAUAAUCGAUGAAAGUACAUACGAGGAUCGCAAACAACACGAAAAGGAACAAAAAGAUAACGCGACUUUAAUUAAUAGUUUGACCUACGAUGCGGAUCGCUUCUAUAAUUUUCAUUUAAACGAACACGUUGAGGAAGACAAGGACAUAGUUCCGAUUAGAAAAGUAACUGAAGAUGAGAGUUUUGCCGGUUACAGGGACAUACUUGGUGCUGACGGUUCAUCCACAAUUCGUAGCGCCAAAGGAACGGUGCGCGGCGUUAAGAAUCGUGUAAGGGCUGGAAUUGCGACGUUUCUUCACAUAAAUUCGGUGACAAAGGUAAGAAAGUGA